AUGUACCUUGCCAGGAGUACCGCUCAUCAUUUGAUUGACUCGUUUAUUGGGAUUGGCGGAAUAAUCGCCUGCUCCCUCGUCAUCUAUCUAUCCUCGACGAAGGUGAAGAACAAAGCGUUAAGAGUGUACACAAUCAUGUUGAUUUCUAAUGCUACUGUCGACCUAAUAUAUUCGAUCAACACGCUGUGCACGAUGUGUGUAAGUUGCUUGGUUUAUACAAUCUUAAACAUACAUAUAUGGCUCCGGACUGUCAAAUGUUUGUGUGUCCAGAAAAUGUGUCACGAUGACACUGAUUUAAAAUGUGCCAGUGGUGUAAAAAAUAGUUGCAUAUGGCUAGAUGUACGCUCUAGAUAACCCACAAAAAAUUUAGGUCCAAAACUUGUGCGCAACUUGGACGACGUAUUUUCUGCAUUUUAUUCAAUCUUCCCGCUGUAAUGUCAAAAAUUUUUGACGUGCUGUAAAAAGUACUUCUGUAUAUGCUAAUUUUUGUAACGCUGGCACAUUUUAAACAGGUGUCGUGACAUAUUUCCUACUCGCAAGAUUUACAUAUUUUUUUGCCACGGACCAUAAAGUAGCCUUGUUGCACAUCGUUGCCUUUUCCUUUUCAGAGCGGAGUUUUGGGUAUUCAAACCGUUUUCAUGACCAUCGACAGCCCUUUCUGGCCCAAGACUGUGUGGUGGUCCUACGCCGCCGUCUCCACAAACCUUUUCCUGAUGUUUCUGAGCGUCGGCAUUCUACCGCUGCAGUUCAUCUAUCGCUACGGCACGAUGCGGAAUCAGCCGUUUUCGAGAAAACAAAUGCUGCUUUUCUCACUGGUGCCGUUGGCCUUCGCCCUGCUGCACGGGUUCAUCUCGCCGUGGACAUUCCGGCCGCCAAAUCCGGAAUACGAAGUGAUGUUCAGAGAGGCGCUGGAGGUUGACGAAAAUUACGAACUGCCCGGAUAUCUGAUCGGAGAUGUGGUAAGGAUUCUAGCGUGUGGUUAUAUGUUUGCUAAAGGCGCAUAAGAAGGUUUGGGUUUUCAGCGUAACUUCGACCUUAUGACUCUGCAUUUCCUGAACAUUUUCGUGAUUGUCGCCUUUUCCUACGCAACCAUACUGUUCAUGGCGUAUCUGUCCAAGAGAACGAUGACUUUGCAGAGCGGUCUGUCCACCAGUCCGCAGACAAAGGCCGUGCAACGCCAAGUCACCAGGAUCAUUUACAUUCAGGUGAGCUUUUCGAAAAGAGCAAUUUUUACUGCGGGUAAUAAAUUCCCUCGAAGUUGGAAAUGGCAUAUUACACACGCGUAUUCUUCAGGCAAUCUACCCGUUAUUCGUCGUCUGCGUACCCGCAAUUUCGUUUUCAAUCGCUGCCGCUCGAGGAAUCCAGUUGAAAAUGAUCGGUGAGCUGGUCAUGUUCUCGAUGCAUACCCCACCCUUGGUGAACAGCCUUAUAGUCAUUCUGUGUGUGCCGAGUUAUCGCCGAUUCGUCGUAAACCCCUUCAAAAGCGAUCAGAUUCAUUCACUGUAAGUUGCAUAGCGUGUUGGCCAAAACGUGUUGUGUUGUGAACUUUUGUGUGGGUUGUUUCUCUGAUCUAUCGCUCCACAUAUCAGUCUGUCGGGAAAAUAGGAAAAUAAUGACACUGUCGCAUCGGAAAUCGCAUUGCUGCAGAGAAAAUGAUUUUUUCCAGAGAAAUGUUGUUUUUUCGCUCCAACGAUUUUUGUUCAUCAUUUUCCCGACAUACUGAUGUGUUAUUAAAACACUCACAUUUUCUGAUUUAUAACUAACAAAUCGUGUUUAGCGAUUCCCGGCCAGAAGACAAAAAUGCCAGUUUUAGAGGGCGACUCAGUGUCCGCAGUAAUGGACGCCUCACCACGUCUUCAGCUAGCGGAAGCGCGAGGCAAUGA